AGAGAGGAAGUGGCGGCUGAGGCAGGUCCGCACCUUUUCCGGUAACACCGACAGCAGCAGCUCGACCGGGACCGAAGGAGCGACCGGAGAGGAAAGAGGGGCGAGAACCCACCCGGGGUGAGAGAGAAGGGCUGCCGUCAUAUGAAGGGAGAGAAGAGGGAGAGUCGGCAUGAACCGCUGACCUCUGGAGGUCUUCAUCUGAUUCCCACCUGACUGAGAGAAGGACCCGAACGUCGGAAGUCUCAAACAGAAGUCAGACCGAUUGAAUGCGAGGGUGAAGUCGGAACUGAACAGAAAGGCCCGUUGUCGAUCAAUACAGCUUCACUUUUUUAAAUUACAAACCCUUAAAGAUCUUGUUUUGGAGGCGAGGAGCUGUAUUUUUCUGGAGUUUGAGAGUUUGAGGGUCUCUACGCCCUCGCUAGUUCACAAGUUGCUUGCAUAGUGGUUUCUGUUUCCCCUUGUGCACACUGUAUCAGAUGUGAGUCAUUGGUUAUGCGUGCUAUAUUGGGUUUUUGUAACUAACGCCUGGCAAGGUUUGGACACAAGUCGAUUUGAGACGCUCAUCUUGCAGCAAUAUUUUGUGUGAAGUCACUUAUUUCUUGCCAAAGCUGCAAAGCCAGACACCCCUGUGUUUUUUUCCUUCUUCGCAACCAUCGUAAUAUAUGAACAGCCAACAAGAUGGGGAAGAUGCUUUCGAAGAUCUUUGGCAACAAGGAGAUGAGAAUAUUGAUGCUUGGACUUGAUGCUGCCGGCAAGACAACAAUCCUUUACAAACUUAAACUGGGACAGUCUGUUACCACCAUUCCCACCGUCGGCUUCAACGUGGAGACCGUCACCUAUAAAAACGUCAAGUUCAACGUUUGGGACGUCGGUGGUCAAGACAAGAUCCGACCCCUUUGGCGGCACUACUACACCGGCACCCAGGGACUGAUCUUCGUUGUGGACUGUGCGGAUAGAGAUCGGAUAGACGAGGCCAGACAGGAGCUGCAUCGCAUCAUCAAUGACCGUGAAAUGAGGGAUGCCAUCAUUCUGAUCUUCGCCAAUAAGCAAGACCUGCCGGAUGCGAUGAAACCACACGAGAUCCAAGAGAAGCUCGGCUUGACCCGGAUCAGAGAUCGAAAUUGGUACGUUCAGCCGUCCUGCGCUACGACGGGCGAUGGACUCUAUGAAGGGCUCACCUGGCUCACGUCGAAUUACAAAUCGUAAUGCAUCCAUCCCAUCGAGCAGAAAAGAGUGAGCAACGGCAAAGAAAAUCCAGAAGCAAUUAACAUUAACUUUGGCUUCAGAUCUGUCUGUAAAGUUUGAUUUUUAUUUUAGAUUUUGUUGAACAUCUUUUUCUUUCGUUCGCCUUUUCGUUUGGCACGCGCUUACGUUCCUUUUAGCACUAUAAUCUCUGUUGCGUUUGUUUGACUGUCUCUGAAUAUUUCAUGCAAAAACCCGUUUCUUCACCAGUAUUUUUGUCUUUGUCAAUUUAUUCUUAAAACCAGAUGACUUGUUCUCAGAACGUGUGGUCUUACUGUUCCCAAUUAUAGUUGUUUCUUAUUUAAUGCAUAAAGAAAAUAACUAUUUGUCACUAUGGUAAGACAAAUUAAUUAAAACUAUAUGCUCAGAAAACAAGUCUUAGUAUCUUUCACAAAUUUGCUUGAUUUUUGUUGUUUUGUUUAAACCAAAAAAAGUCAAUACUAAUUAAGAAAAAUAUUUUUUAUUUGCGGUGUAAAGUAUUACUUUCAAAGUUCUUCCUUGCAGUCCAGGUAGCGCUUGGCUGAGUUUUUUUUUUAUCUGAAGAUCCAGUUGUUAGCCCACAAAAUGGCAGCUUGUUUGUUUACCUCUGUGCCAACACACGUAACGAAUGUAUGGAGAAUAUUUACAGUAUGGAGCAUUCAAAUAAAUAAAUCCAAGCAGAA